UGCGGACGUCCAUUACCCAGGGGAGGGCAGGACAAGGGGCGGGGCAGCACCUCGCUUAUCGCGAGGUUUCGUUCUGUCGCGGGCGGCGCGUACGGGAUGCGGUCGAAGGAGACCUCCGGAGGACUGGGAGCGGCGGUUACUGCUCAGAGUCUAGGCGGGCAGGAGAAACCAUCGGCCACGGAGGUCCAGUUCCGCCAGAAAUCUCCGCGGCGAGAACCUCAGACACUACUAGCUUCGUCUUCCAGCUCUGAGGGCGGGAUCAUGAAACCUCGCGAGGAGAAGACGGCGCUGAGCAAGGUGGUCCUGCGGCGGCUGCCUCCUGGCCUCACAAAGGAGCGGCUGGAGGAGCAGCUGCGCCCGCUGCCCGCGCACGACUACUUCGAGGUGGCCGGCGCGGAUCGCAGCCUUUAUCCUCAUCUCUACUCAAGAGCAUACAUUAAUUUUAGGAAUCCUGAUGACAUCCUUCUGUUCAGAGAUCGUUUUGAUGGAUAUGUCUUCAUGGGCAGUAAAGGUUGGCUCAUUGGUUGUUAAACUCUUCGAUCACUGUCUCUUGAGUGUAGUGUAUUAAUGAGAAUUAGCUGGAAUAUUUGUGAGUUUUGUUAAGUUUUCAGACAUCUAAAGAUCACAAAUUUCAGGUGUUCUUUUAACAUGUACUGUUGUUUAAAUUAAUAUUAUAAACCAAACAAUUCCAGAAACCCUUUGUAAUGGUCACAUAGAUGUAUAAUUGUUGGAGAGUAAAAUUUUUCACAUAAGUGUGUUGGACUUCACAUUUUGUAUUUCAAGAAUAAGUUUACCCAUGAUUGAUAGAAAUUGUAUAAAACUAAUAUUAUACUCUUAAGGACCAUAUCUUCCUGAACAGAGAAGUCUUCAUUAUUGUAUAUUUCUUGAUGAUGCCAUGGGAGAGUUAGUUGAAAUCACCAACUUUAGUCCUUGAUGUUUUAAGCGUUGUGCUCCACUUCCUUGUAUUUUCUGGGGUCUGGUUUUGACACUUUCUUUCUCCCUUCUAGUCAGACUAUCCUCCUUAUGUGCUGUGUUGUUGAGUCUGUAAACCUUUUAUCUCAAGAUGUUUCCUGGCACCCACCAGCCAGCCUCUUGCCUCACGCCUAAAUACUGAUUACUGAUCUUCCUGCUCCACCAAGGGGUAACAAACUAGAGAAGGU